AUGUCAAACGAUCGCAGUCUUCGAGAACAACUUCUUGAAUGUUAUGAAGAUAUCGAUUCGAUUUCAAAACAGGUCUUAGUUGGACAUGUAGAAAGAGAACAAUUAAUACGAAAAUUGGAGAAAGCUAUUGAAGAACGGAAUGCAAUCAUCGAAGAAAUUCAGACUAAACUCAUAAUAUCCGAGCGAGCCUUAACUGAAGCAGUUUAUCAGGCUGGUAUAAAAGUCAAAUCAAUUCAUCAAGCUGAAUCUAAGAAAGUGAAUAGCGAGCAAAUAAUCCGAUUCGCUAAUCAAAUCAGUAAGUCAUAUUCUAUUGCUGCACCACUCCAUUGGCAGCUUGGUGAUCCUUCUCGACCAUUUCCUACUGAAAUAGAUUUCCGACUAUCUUCAUUAGCAGUACCUCGAAUAACUGCGCCAGCAGCAACAUCUGCGGCUACAUUAUCGCUUCUUAGACAGCCGUCAAAUUCCCAGACAAUAUUACGAGGUUCUAGUCGUGGAUCACCAAUGGUAUCAUAUUCUGCCUCCAUGCAGCAAAGGUCAUGGAGUCCACGAGGAUCAUUUACUCAGCAGUCGGCAUCACCUCGUGGUCGUGGUAGUCGUGGUAGUGGGUUGACAUCGCCAAGAGUUGGUGGUCCAGCAUUUUUGCAACGACGACAGUCUGGAAAUAGUCCUCGAAUUUCCAGUCCAUCAUCUGCAUACACUAUAGGAAAUAAAAGCAACAUAAAUAUGCCGUCUAUUGAGCCUGCUAUUGAGCAAAUGAGCUCAGAUUCUAGCAGUAGUUCGAGUAGUGAUGAUGGCAGCCCAUCAUAA